CAACAUCAACCACUUCCCUCUUACUUUGUCUUCUGUUUCUUACUUGGUCAUGGCCUUUUCCUUUUAACUUUCUCUCUCGAUUUCGUUUCUUCUUGGGUCUCCUCUGUUUCCUCUCUCGAUAUGUUUUCGACCCAUGUCUCUCGUCUCCUACCUUUGCUCUUCUUUUUCCUCUUAUGUUGCUGUUCAUCUUCUACUUUUGCUCAAGACGACAUCACCAAUCCCGUUGAAGUGCGGGCUUUGCGAGUGAUCAAAGAAAGUUUGAACGAUCCUGUUAAUAGAUUGAGAAAUUGGAAGCAUGGAGACCCGUGCAAUUCGAAUUGGACUGGUGUUGUUUGCUUCAAUUCCACUCUUGAUGAUGGUUAUCUUCAUGUCAGCGAAUUGCAAUUGUUCAGUAUGAAUCUCUCAGGGAACUUGUCUCCGGAGCUUGGCCGGUUGACUCGUCUUACUAUCCUGAGUUUCAUGUGGAACAAGAUCACCGGAAGUAUACCAAAGGAAAUUGGGAAUAUCAAGUCCUUAGAACUCUUGCUCUUGAAUGGAAAUCGAUUAACUGGAAAUUUACCAGAGGAGCUUGGGUUUCUUCCAAACUUGGACAGAAUACAGAUUGAUGAAAACCGUAUAUCAGGACCACUUCCCAAAUCGUUUGCAAACUUAAACAAAACGAAGCAUUUUCACAUGAACAAUAAUUCAAUUAGCGGGCAGAUACCACCAGAGAUUGGAAGCCUACCAUCAAUUGUUCACAUCCUUCUUGACAACAACAAUUUAUCAGGCUAUCUUCCCCCUGAGUUAUCAAACAUGCCACAUUUGCUUAUCCUACAAUUAGAUAACAAUCACUUUGAUGGGACUACGAUUCCACAAUCUUAUGGAAACAUGUCUAAACUUUUGAAGAUGAGUCUUAGGAACUGCAGCUUGCAAGGGCCAGUGCCUGAUCUUAGCAGUAUACCGAACCUUGGUUAUUUGGACCUAAGUCAAAAUCAGUUAAAUGGAUCUAUACCUACAGGGAAGCUUUCUGAUAAUAUCACAACCAUCGAUCUAUCCAGUAACAGUCUAACUGGAACCAUUCCAACAAAUUUCUCAGGUCUUCCUCGGCUUCAAAAGUUGUCGCUUGCAAACAAUGCUCUGAGUGGUUCCAUUCCCUCUAGAAUAUGGCAGGAAAGAGAGCUGAAUUCAACCGAGACUAUUAUUGUGGAUCUGCGGAACAAUAGGUUUUCAAAUAUCUCUGGAAGAUCCGAUCUCCGCCCAAAUGUGACCGUCUGGCUUCAGGGGAAUCCGUUAUGCUCAGAUGGAAAUCUGCUUCGAUUGUGUGGACCUAUAACUGAGGAAGACAUUAAUCAGGGUUCAACCAAUUCUAAUACUACAACUUGUUCUGACUGCCCACCCCCUUAUGAAUUUUCACCAGAACCUCUUCGACGGUGCUUUUGUGCUGCUCCUCUGCUUGUUGGAUAUCGGUUGAAAAGUCCUGGUUUCUCGGAUUUUCUUCCUUACAGAUCCGAAUUCGAGGAAUAUAUCACCUCUGGUCUUAGUUUGAAUCUGUAUCAGCUGCGCCUUGACUCAUUCCAGUGGCAAAAAGGACCUAGACUUCGAAUGUAUUUGAAGUUCUUUCCUGUUUUUGGUUCAAAUGCCAACAAUUCUUUCAUAUUCAAUCGUAGCGAGGUUCGGCGAAUAAGGGGCAUGUUCACUGGAUGGAAUAUCCGAGACGAAGAUCUGUUUGGUCCUUAUGAGCUUAUGAAUUUCACAUUGUUAGAUGUCUACAGAGAUGUGUUUCCUUCAGCUUCGCCAUCUGGUUUAAGUAAGGGUGCAGUUGCGGGAAUAGUUCUUGGUUCUGUUGCAGCUGCAGUUACGCUAACUGCUAUUAUUGCCCUUAUCAUUAUGAGAAAACGUAUGAGAGGAUACAGUGCGGUUGCUAGAAGAAAGCGAUCUUCCAAAGCUUCUUUGAAAAUCGAAGGUGUGAAGAGCUUCACUUAUGCUGAGUUGGCUCUGGCUACAGACAAUUUUAAUAGUUCCACUCAAAUUGGGCAAGGGGGUUAUGGAAAGGUCUACAAAGGUACCCUUGGGAGUGGAACGGUUGUGGCAAUUAAAAGAGCACAAGAGGGAUCAUUGCAGGGUGAGAAAGAGUUCCUAACUGAAAUUGAAUUGUUAUCGAGAUUGCAUCACAGAAACCUUGUUUCGUUGCUUGGAUUCUGUGAUGAAGAAGGCGAACAGAUGCUGGUUUAUGAGUACAUGGAAAAUGGUACUUUGCGAGACAACAUUUCUGUUAAAUUAAAAGAGCCUCUAGACUUUGCGAUGAGACUACGGAUUGCUUUAGGUUCAGCCAAGGGAAUCUUAUUCACCGCAAAGGUUGCAGAUUUUGGACUCUCAAGACUUGCCCCAGUACCUGAUAUGGAAGGCAUCUCACCUCAUCACGUGUCUACUGUUGUAAAAGGGACUCCGGGUUAUCUUGACCCGGAAUAUUUCUUGACUCAUCAAUUGACGGACAAAAGCGAUGUAUAUAGUCUAGGCGUAGUGUUCUUAGAGCUCUUGACUGGAAUGCAGCCAAUCACACAUGGCAAGAACAUUGUUCGAGAGAUCAACAUUGCUUACGAGUCUGGUUCAAUAUUAUCCGCCGUGGAUAAGAGAAUGAGCUCAGUUCCAGACGAAUGCCUUGAAAAGUUUGCAACUUUAGCGCUGCGAUGCUGCAGAGAGGAGACAGAUGCGAGGCCUUCAAUGGCGGAAGUUGUAAGAGAACUGGAAAUCAUAUGGGAACUGAUGCCGGAAUCUCAUGUAGCCAAAACAGCGGAUCUGUCUGAGACAAUGACUCAUCCAUCAUCGUCAUCGAAUUCUUCAAUCAUGAAGCAUCCUUAUACAUCGAUGGAUGUCUCCGGCUCUGACCUUGUCAGUGGAAUUGCUCCCUCCGUUGCACCUAGAUAGCAACUUUCUUCGAAUCAUACACUGUUUGUUUGAGUAUUCAGUGUGAUUUUGUUGUUGUUCUUUCUUUGUACAGGAAAAAUGAUUGUAAGCGAUGUAACAGUAGUAUAUGUUGCAGACAAUUUAAUAUGUCUGCCUUUGUGAGUUAUGUAGCUGUUCUGCUUCUUAUGUGUUUUUGACUUGGACCAUACUGGAGUUUGCAUACGAAUCAAGAACACAUUACAAU